CUGAUGAAAGAUUUAAAGUGAAAGACAUCGAGUCGCACUACUUCAGUUUAACAUAGUGUGUGUUCAGUGGUGCAACAGCAGCUACGAUGGCCACCACCGAGCCUAUCAUUUUUGUGGCUCUCGCCGUAUGUCUUUUCGGUCGGGUUGACAGUCAAUACUUGGGAAAAUUCCUUGGUAAACUUUCAGAACUGCAUCACGGAGUUGCGGGAGAGGUGUAUGCGGUUGACGGCAGAACUUUGCACAUAAAGGAUUUCACUUACGAUGGCCAAGGCCCAGCGGCCUACUUCUACGCUAGCACUUACAAAACAGCCGACAGCCGCGGAUUUAGAUUAAGAGAUGAGAACAACAACGGGGAUGUUAUCAGACGGUACAGGAAGGAGAGCGUCACUUUGACACUCCCCGAGGGGAAAACAUUAAAUAACAUCAAGAUCUUUUACGUAUGGUGCGAGGAGUUUGACGUAAACUUCGGAGACAUAAAAAUCCCCCGCAAUUUCGACUUUCCGAGGCCUCAGAAAAUCGACGCGUUGAAGGGAGUUCACUCAAUCUCUUCGGACAACAUCGUCAUCGUUGACGCUCAAACCUUACUAAUACCCAAUCUGCACUAUGACGGAGAAGCCCCAGAUGCUAAAUUCUGGUCUGGAAGAGGUCCCAAACCAUCUCCUCAAGGCAUUAGAAUCCCCGAUGAAAACGGCAAAGAAGUUCCACUACGCAAAUACGACGGCAAAACCGUAGUGCUUACCUUACCUGGAGAUUUAACUGUAUUUGAUAUUGGCCAUUUUGGUAUUUGGUGCGAAGAGUUUACCGUUGAUUUUGGCCAUAUUCAAAUUCCUCAAACUUUAAACAUACCGCCUUCAUUGAAAAUGCUUGGAGUCAGCCCACAGUCUAAGCUGAACUGUGAGGUCCUAAACGAUGAACUGGCUUUCGAAGUCCGAUGGGCUAUUGCUGGAGAAAGUAUUGUCCUUCAGGUUGUUGCCAAAUUAGACGACAGAGAAUACAUGUCAUUUGGUGUUUCCGGUGACCAAUUCAAAAGCGUCAUGGUAGGCGGAGAUGUUGUUGUUGCUUGGGUAGAUAAAACCACUCUGAAAGGAUACGCUGAAGAUUAUUACUUGCAAGACAAAUCUCAAUGUUCUGGGCCCACUGGCUCUUGUCCAGAUUCAAAAUUCGCGGAUGAUGCAAACAACAUAAGACUUCUCAACGCAGCGAUGGUCAACGGUUAUUCCAUAGUUACUUACCAACGACCACUUAAAGCUUCCGACCAAUAUGAUCAACCCAUCGUCACGAACGGUUCUCAGGCGAUUAUCUGGGCUAUUGGACCCUUGAAUCAGCGGGAUGAAGUGUCGUUCCAUAGCAGUUAUUUGAAAAAGGAUUCGCUGAUUGAUUUUGCACGACCGGCUAAAUGGAAUUGCCCACUUCCUGAAGGUGAUGUUCCUGGUCCACAUACUGUUGCUACUCAAAGUAAACAGGAACAUGUGACUGAAGAGGUAGUACUAUCAAGAGCUACAGAAGAACAAACAGUUGAACCAUUGUCUACGGCUGCUCCACGGAGAGAAGGAGGAAACAGACGAAGGGGUGGUAACAGAGUUAGUACCAGACAACCUGUAGAUGCAGAAGCUGAAGGUCAAGCUUCGAUGAAAAGAGAACCCACUCGAACUAGCUCCAGAGGAUCAAAUAGAGGAGGACAACGAGGUCCAACUCCUGUUAAGUCGAAAGACGCAUGGUAUAUUCCACCAAUUGAAUGCUAUGAACCUGAAGAUGGAGUCUUUUAUGCUCAAAUGGGUCCUACUGGAGGAAAGAGAGGAUAUCCAGCAAUAACAGGUCAUGUUGGAUGGGGAAUAUCAUGGUAUAUCAAUGGACUUCUUAUACCAGAAAUCAACGUAGUUAGAGGAAAAACAUAUACCUUCAUUGUGGAAGGAGGCAACGAUCCGGAAGUAUCUGCCAAAUAUCAUCCAUUCUACAUCUCAAAUGAUUCUAUCGGUGGCUAUGGCUACAAGACCCCAGAAGAAAGAAUGAAUAUCACUGUACACGCCGGUGUGAGAUUUAGCAAAUACGGCCCUGCAGAACCCAUUGGUACUGGUAGGUUGUGUCAUUGGACGCAGACUGGUGACAAAGACGCUGAUGAUUUUGAAUCAUUUGGAGCAUACCAGCGAACGCUACAAUUAAAAUGUGAUUCUGGAGAACCAGGAAUUAUUCAAUGGAAGCCCGAUAAAUAUACACCGGAUACUCUUUACUAUCAGUGUUUCACUCAUCGACACCUAGGAUGGAAAAUAAAUGUUCACGAUACUUGUGAACAACCAUCCGCCAGUAUGAUUGAACCUACUUUUAUUGAAGCUCCUUCCAACUUGGAAUCAGAAAGUAAACCUUCAAUACGACAGGAUACAAUGUUUCAGAAAACCUCAGUACACUAGACCACUCAACACUCUCCACCAGCCAGAAAAAAUCAGAUCAGAUUCCGAAAACCUCACUACUUAUGUUCCAAUCACCACAGAGUCUUUUCAUCGAACCUAUCGCUGGGUUUGCACAACAAUCACAACAAGCAUUCAAAUUUAGGACAAGUCCACCACAUCAUGACAUGACUGAAGCUGACUUUAAAAAUUUGGUCUUUAAUCGUAUGACCACUGAAAGACCAAUACUACCCACUAAAAAUGUUAUGCGUAUUAAUUUUGUUCCUAAGCCAGUCAAAAUGAUAGGUAAACCCAAACAAGCGAGUCAACUAUUUUAUGUACCCUUAAACUAUCACAGUAAAAAUCAGUUUUCACCGCACCAAUCUCCAUUAAUUAACCAGAAACAUAUUUUUCACAGACACACGCCGCAUGUGAAAUUAAUUCAUAAGCCAAACAUUCACAGACUUCAACCUCAACUAAAACUCACCUCAAUCAAAUCAACACCUCAAACUUUCAAUACUUUGCCGAUGCCAACUUUACAUACAGAAACAGUUUCUGAAGCUAGCACACAAUCGCAGUUUUUAAUAAAGAGUGUUGAGAUUUCUCAGCUACAAGCAUCUACGGAAAGGGAGCCACAAAUCCAAACAGCUAGUCCGUUAUUGUCAAUUCAUCCCUCUUCAACUGAAAAUUUUCAUAACACUCAAACAGCAGUCAAUAAUGGUUUUAAACCAGAAAGUAUUGUAAUGGAACAUGGCUUCAAGCCAAUAAUAACUAAAACUAUUAAAGAUCGUCUAGAUGACAUAAAAAUAGACAAGACAAAAAUAAAACAUAAGAAAGUACCAAAAAUUGAGCAGGAAAUUGUUAAGCUUAUUGUCAGAACUCGUAGCCUAAUAGACUCUGAUUUUGAGCCAGAAAUGGCAGCAGCUGAUAAAGUAGAAUCAUAUUAUCUCCCACCAGUUGAUCAAACUGACAAACCCAAAUUGAAAGGCGGUAAAUUACCUUCAGAAAUUGAUUUUGAUACUUCUCCAAAUUCAGGUGAAAUUUCUGCUUCAGCUCCAGAUGUAUUUGUAACCUUUGAUGGCAAAAGAGUAUCUGGUUCAAGUCUAACAGCUAAACCAUUCGAUAGAACUAACGUUUUAGAGCGAGGAUCAAAAGCAACUGAAUAUUUGAAGAGCCUGCCUCAGUCUGUACCAUUCCGGGGCGAUUUACCACCAUUAAAUUCGAAUGUGCUUUUUAGUUCUAAACCUCAAAGUCCCGCUUCUAAACCUGUUGUUCUGAACAGGGAUUUGGAUACGCCUUAUCUGCCACCACCUCCGUCAGGUACAACAAAACUUAGAAGAGUUAGAAAAUAUUCUGAGGAAAUUAAAACCAAAAUAUAAGUGAGGAUUGUUUUAUGAGGUUUAAGUCUUGCCAGUUUAGUGAAGUUAAGCAUUGGUUUAGAAAAACACUAUUUGUAUUGAAACAUUGAAACAAGAAAUUUUUUAUACUUACCUAAUUACUUAGUUUUCUUGUUGAACAACGAAGUGUUAAUAACGAAUGUGUAUUUAUCGAAUAAAAAUCCCAUACGUAUUUCUCAAUAUUGUCAUGAAAAAAUAUUAUCAUUCUAUAUAGGUAUAUUAUUAUUGUAUAUGAUUCGAAUAAGUGCUACUCAAAAUUAAAAUAAGAGGAUAGGUAGGUAUAAAUGAUUCAAAAUAAGUGGGUUUUAUAUUUUUUCACCUUGUAAAUAACUUUUUUUUCUUUUGUUAGGUAUAUUAAUUAUUUCUACUUCUCUUUGAAUGAAGAGUGAUAUUUUUUUUAUUUCACAUAAAUAGCUUAAGAUUAGAUAUUAUUGCGUUGUUUUUUUUUUUAUAUACAUUUUAAGCAUGAAUAAAAUCUGUUACAACUUCUUGUUGUCUUUCACUUUACAG